AUGCCUCCACAACAUCACCUAACUGAUCUUCCUCCUGAACUUUUACGGCACAUUCUCGAAUUUCUCAUCAUUGCAAAUCCACUCCUCGCCCGAUCAGAGAAAAAUAUCAAAAAUUUAUGUAACUUGGAAUUAAUUUCUAAACAAUUUGGAGAAAAUUUUCAAAAUUUAUUGGAAAAUUAUUGGAAGAUUAUUUUGUUUCAAUUUAUUAAUCUCCGAUUGGAAGUGAAGAAUGGACGAGAAGUGGUGAAUUCAAUUAAUGUGCAUGAUCAUUGGAAAAAGAAAGACGAAAUUGUGGAGAAAUUAAAGAUGAAAUCGAAUAAGAGAAUUUUUGGAAUUUUGAAGGAGGCAGAAAGGAGGAGAAAGGACCAAUUUUCAAUUUCAGAUCCCUAUUCGAAAAGAGAUGUUUUUAAACUUUGUGUUAGUGGACCAGGAGGGUCAGGUAUUCAUUCCUUCAUCAAUCGAUAUUUAAAUGAUCAAUUCAAUGAACAAUAUGAUUAUUCGUUGGAUGAAGUAUUUUAUAAGAAUGUUCAAUUUAAUGAAACAGAAUUGAAAUUGGAAAUUUGGGAAAAUGGUUUCAGAAAUGAUUAUUACAUGUUUCAUGAAUCCAAAUUGAGAGGAGCUAGAGGAUAUAUUAUACUAUUUUCAGUGAAUUCUCAAGAAGAUGAUUACAAUAUUUUACAAAAAAUCUUUAGAUCAAUUAUUUAUAUUCAUGAUGACGAAUCUAUUCCACUAACAAUUUGCAUUAACAAGAUUGACCGUUUGGAAUAUGAUUCCACGCUAAAUGUAGAGCAUGUUAAGGAGAAAAUUAUCGAACUAUUGAAUAAUUUUGGAAGUUGCAAUUAUGAAAUUAUAGAAACAAGCUGUAAGAAGAAUAUUAACAUUCAAACAGUUGUCGAAAGAGCAAUUGAAAAGGGAUACUUUUUCGAAGGACAUUCCAAGUAUUCAGAAAGAAGGAUUCUAUUAGCUAAGGUGGUCAAAAAAGAUACCAAAAUAUUCGAAUCAGAAACAGCAUGUUCAAUUUCUUGA